GAACAGAAACAGCUCAAGUUUCAGCGCGGAAAGGCGGUGCUUCCUAGGUAGGAGGAACUUCAGCCGGUUGGGCUUGCUUGGUUGCAGAACGCCCAUCUGUGGCGCAGUUCGUCUCGAUCCCCCACCCCGGACUGUCUGCAGUAUUUAAACAUCGUAGAAAAGAUGACGCUUUCGAUAUUGACAAGCAAGGGUGGGCGGAUACUGUCUGCGUCUAGGCUCCUGCACACCACAGCUUUUGCAAGCAUGCCCAUUAAGGUUGGAGAAAAGUUACCUGCAAUUAAAGUAUGUGAAGGGGACCCUGGUACUGAGGUUUGCAUGACAGAAUUGUUUAAGGGUAAAAAAGGGAUCCUUUUUGCUGUUCCAGGAGCCUUCACUCCUGGGUGCUCAAAGACUCACCUCCCAGGAUUUGUGGAGAAGGCUUCUGAACUUCAGGCUAAAGGCAUUCAAGAAAUUGCCUGCGUCUCUGUCAAUGAUGUGUUUGUAAUGUCUGCUUGGGGCAAAGAGCAUGGUGCAGAUGGAAAGGUGAGAAUGCUGGCUGAUGCCACUGGGGCCUUCACCAAGGCAGUAGACCUGAUGUUAGACAAUGAACAUCUCUUACAAGUUUUAGGGAAUAAGAGAUCUCAACGGUAUGCAAUGCUUGUGGAAGAUGGUGUCGUCAAAAAGCUAAACAUUGAGCCAGAUGGCACUGGCCUUACAUGCAGUUUGGCCAGUAACAUUCUAUCACUGGUUUAACCAGGCUAUGGCAGUUGGUUUAUUUUUACAUUUGAUCAUAAAUCAGUUUUCUCCAGUUGGAAAAAUAAUAUACUCCGCAGUACUUCAUUUGAGGGUUAAACAACUGAUAUAAUACGGAAUUCUUUACUAUAUCCAUGAAACUGGCAGUGUCCUAGAUACUUUGUUUCCUGGGAACUGUACAACAUGAUAUGUGUUCUGCAGACUUAAUUUUUAAAAAUUGUAAGCUUAAAAAAAUUAAAUAAACCUGUUAAAAAAAAAAA